AUGGCUGGCACCGGAGGCAAGGGCAAGUCCGCCAAGGGAGAGGGAGACAAGAAGCACUCGCGCUCGGCCAAGGCUGGCUUGCAGUUCCCCGUCGGACGCAUUCACCGUCACCUCAAGAAGGGUCACUACGCGCAGCGCAUCGGCGCAGGCGCGCCAGUCUACCUCGCCGCCGUCCUCGAGUACCUCGCCGCCGAGAUCCUCGAGCUCGCUGGCAACGCCGCGAGGGACAACAAGAAGACGCGCAUCAGUCCGCGCCACCUCCAGCUCGCGAUCCGCAACGACGAGGAGCUCGACAGGCUUCUCGCUGGCGGCGGAGUCCUCCCGAACAUCCACCCCAACCUGCUUCCGAAGAAGGGCGAGGGCAAGAAGAAGAAGUCCUCGGGCAACGAGUCGGACUGA